AUGGCGAUGGAUCCAAACGCUGGCAAAGAUCAGGCGUCGGUUCAGCCCAAACAGCCCAUGGUUUACAUCUGCGCCGAGUGCCAUCACGACAAUGAGAUCAAACCGAAGGACCCGAUCCGGUGUCGAGAGUGUGGCUACAGAAUCAUGUAUAAGAAGCGCACCAAACGAUUGAUAGUAUUCGACGCGCGAUAGAGUGUCCACACAGUGUCCACUCAGUCCAACCGAUGUCCUAAUUGUCAGUUGAGUGUUAUCUCCGAGAAUAUUGUUUGGACAUCAUAUGUAAACUCGUAUUCAGACAUCAUAUCCUCCACUUGCUAUCAGCCAUACAAUUGAAAUUAAUUGUCAAUUAUUUUUAUGUAUAAAAUUAUUAAAUUAUAAAAUUAACCGCAAAUACUAUAGUAUUCAAUGUGUAGUAAUCAAUUCAAACAAA